AUGUCCCCCGCCUUGCGCCCCACCACGGCCCUGCCAGCGGUCGAGAACGACCCUCCACAGCCGCCUGCCGGCUUGCGCUGGCGCUCCUCCAGGUGGUUCAUCGUGAGCACUGUGGGAAUGGGCAUUUUCACCGACAUGGUGCUCUAUUGCCUGAUCGUUCCUGUCCUUCCCUUCAUGCUGCAGGACCGCAUCCAUCUGCCCGCCGAUGAGAUUCAGAGCCAAGUCUCGAAUCUUUUGGCCGUCUACGCGGGCGCCUCAGUAGUUUCCUCGCCCAUCACUGGUUUGCUGGCAGAUAGAUGGAGCUCCCGGCAAAUGCCUUUCCUUCUUGGCUUGUUCAGUCUCUUCAUAGCCACUUUUCUGCUUGCUGUUGGCCAGACCAUCCCUGCUCUUGUUGUUGCCCGCUUUCUCCAGGGUCUUUCUGCCGCCGUCGUUUGGGUCGUUGGACUUGCCCUUCUCGUCGAAACAGUCGGAUCAGAUAACAUGGGGGCCGUUAUUGGCUCGAUCUACAGCCUUAUGACCGUCGGCGGCCUCAUCUCGCCCGUCCUGGGCGGCAUACUUUACCGCGAGACUGGCUACACCGGUGUCUUCGCCGUCAGUGUUGCCAUAGUUCUCAUCGACUUCAUCAUGCGACUCCUCGUCAUCGAACGCAAGGUCGCGAUGCAGUACGAGCAACACGAAACGGGCGAAACGGGCACCGCGAAACUCCCGUACGGGCCCGGGAGCAUCAGCAGGGAGACCGCUCCCUUCCCCGCCAACGACACCAACGAAAACACGCCGCUCCUCGGCCGCCAACCCCCCAAGCCGGACCCGCGCUACCGCCUCUCGGCCAAACACCCGUCCAAAAAGUCGUUCCUCGCCCGCCACAUGCCCAUCCUCAUCCUGCUGCCGAACCCCCGCCUCCUCACCUCCCUCCUCGUCGGCUUCAUCCAAGCCCUCCUCUUCGGCACCUUCGACAGCACCAUCCCCGUCGCCGCCAAAGAAAACUACGGCUUCAACUCCCUGCGCGCCGGCCUCCUCUUCCUCUCCCUCGGCUGCUUCGACCUCUUCAUGGGCCCCCUCGCCGGCUGGGCCGUCGACCACUUCUCGCCCCGCGCCGUCGCCGUCGUCGGCUACGCCUGGCUCACCCCCGUCCUCUCCCUCUUCCCGUUCCUCGUGCGCCCCAGCAACAGCAACAGCAGCAACAACAGCGGCGACGGCCACGGCCACGACAUCGCCAUCUUCUGCGUCCUCCUCUCCCUCUGCGGCGUCGGCAUGGCCAUCGUCAACGCCCCCAGCCUCGUCGAGGCCGGCCUCGUCGUCGACGCCUACCACGCCGCCAACCCGGACCUGUUCGGCGCCCGCGGCCCCCACGCCCAGCUGUACGGCCUCAACGGCAUGGUCUGGAACCUCGGCCUCGCCGUCGGCCCGCUGCUGGCCGGCUGGCUGAAGCUGUGGCUCGGCUACGGGAACAUGAUGGCCGUCAUGGCCGCGCUGUGCGGCGGCACCGCCGUGCUGGCGUUUUUGUUCAUGGGGAGGAAGGGCGAUGGGGAGGCAUUUGAGGAGGUGGCGGUGGGUGGCGCGUGA